GAAUAAGAAGAGAUCAAAACCCAUCAAAUCAAAAUCCAAUCCUUUCUCCUUUUUCCUUACCAUGAAUCCAUCUCCGUCCAAGACCAAGAAGAAGCAUACCCACCCCCAACAGCAGGAACCGACACAAGCUGCUGCUGCAGCUGGUGGAAGGUUUCUGGGUGUUCGGAGACGGCCGUGGGGAAGAUAUGCAGCUGAGAUAAGAGACCCUUCCACUAAAGAAAGGCAUUGGUUAGGCACCUUUGACACCGCCGAGGAAGCCGCCUUGGCUUACGACAGAGCCGCCCGCUCCAUGCGCGGCUCUCGAGCACGCACCAACUUUGUUUACUCUGACAUGCCUGCUGGUUCUUCUGUCACAUCCAUUAUCUCCCCUGAUGAGCAGCAGCAAAUGCAAGCCCUACAGCAGCAGCAACAACAACAAGAAAAUAACUUUUCCUCAUCAUCAAUCUUUGUCCCUCCCUCUCAGCCAGACCCAGCCUCCAUUUUCAAUAACCAGCAGGAUUUCAGCUUGUCGCAAUGCCAAUUCUCUGACGGGUUUGGAGGAGAUGUAUGGGGUUGCUCCACUACUACUACUACUACCACAUAUCAUCAUGAACAACUCCCAGUUAUUACUAACGAUGAACUUCCUCCAUUGCCUUGUGACAUAUCCAGCAGCUUUUCGAGCUCAGUUGAUUCUUCAGGCAUUCACAAUUCUGGUAAUGAAAUGAGCCAAGGGGGAUGGAGUGAUACAACUUCAUCAGGAUUAAUGGGUCCUGAAGAUCAAACCACAAUGACAAACAGGUUCGAAUCAGGUGGAGCAUAUUUCGGGCUCAACGCUGGCGAGUAUGUUCACAGCCCGCUUUUUAGCAGUAUGCCACCGGUUUCAGAGGCAGUACCCGAUGGUUUUGAUUUGGGUUCCUCGGCUUCCUUCUUCUAAUGAUAAAGCUGUGUUGGCUGAUAUGUUCUCAGUCCCAUGUGGUUUCUUUUUUUAAUUUUUUUUUUUGGUUUUCUUACUAUGGGUUUGUGGUGGUGAGAGAGUGAGAACAUAUUAAGUUAAUUUAUGGAGUUGUUUAUAUAAAUAUAUAAUUAAGUAUG